GGCGGGUCUCAACGCUGCGGCGCUGGACGCGGGGAGCAGGCUGGUCCACUCCUUUCGCCGGCCUCUGGGUUUGAGGCCCCGAGGUCAGCUCCGCUCUCGGCUCCGCGCCCGGCGCGGGUGCGAGCCGCCAACUUCGGGCCAAUCAGCGCGCGGCGUCUCUGAGACCGCAGCGCCCCGGCCCGCGCCCCCCGCGCCCCCGCGGCAGCAAUGGCAGCAGCGGCCGCGGCGGCUCCGGGCUGAGCCAGACCCGGGACUAGGAGGGGCUGAGCCGCGGGGGAUCCUGGAAUCGGCGGGGAGGUGGGGAUUCUGGGAGGAAAACUCCAUUUCCUCCUUCCCUGCCGGCCUCUCCCCUCCACCCAGCACCCCAAAUUUCGAUGUGUCUCCUCCCGGGCGCAGAGCGCUGGUGCUGAGCGAGGCGGCGGCGGCCGCGGCCGGGAAAAUGCUGGGCAUGUACGUGCCGGACAGGUUCUCCCUGAAGUCCUCCCGGGUUCAGGACGGGAUGGGGCUCUACACGGCCCGCAGAGUGAGAAAGGGUGAAAAGUUUGGACCGUUUGCCGGAGAGAAGAGAAUGCCUGAAGACUUGGAUGAAAAUAUGGAUUACAGGUUGAUGUGGGAGGUUCGUGGGAGUAAGGGAGAAGUUCUAUACAUUUUGGAUGCUACCAAUCCACGACACUCCAACUGGCUUCGCUUUGUUCAUGAGGCACCAUCUCAGGAGCAGAAGAACUUGGCUGCCAUUCAAGAAGGAGAAAACAUUUUCUAUUUGGCAAUUGAAGACAUAGAAACAGAUACAGAACUUCUGAUUGGCUACCUGGACAGUGACAUGGAGGCUGAUGAGGAAGAACAGCAAAUUAUAACAAUGAUCAAAGAAGGGGAAGUUAAAAAUUCUAAAGGACAAUCAACAGCUGGCAGAAAAGAUUGCCUUGGCUGUAAAGAGGACUAUCCUUGUCCCCAGUGUGACUCGAGUUUUACCAGUGAGGAAAUUCUUGCUGAGCACCUUCAGACAUUGCACCAGAAACCUACAGAGGAGAAAGAAUUUAAGUGCAAGAACUGUGGGAAGAAAUUCCCAGUUAAGCAGGCUUUGCAAAGACACGUUCUUCAGUGCACAGCGAAAAGCAGUCUGAAGGAUUCUUCACGAAGUUUUCAGUGCUCUGUUUGCAAUUCUUCCUUCAAUUCAGCAUCGAGUUUUGAGCAGCACCAGGAGACUUGCCGGGGAGAUGCCAGGUUUGUGUGCAAGGCCGACAGCUGUGGAAAGAGGCUGAAGAGCAAGGAUGCCCUCAGAAGACACCAGGAAAAUGUCCAUGCUGGCGAUCCUAAGAAAAAGCUCAUAUGUUCAGUGUGCAAUAAAAAGUGUUCUUCAGCAUCAAGCCUACAGGAACAUAGAAAGAUUCAUGAGAUAUUUGAUUGUCAAGAAUGUAUGAAGAAAUUUAUUUCAGCUAAUCAGCUAAAACGUCAUAUGAUCACUCACUCAGAAAAGCGACCCUAUAAUUGUGAGAUUUGUAAUAAAUCUUUCAAGAGGCUUGAUCAAGUGGGCGCUCACAAAGUAAUACACAGUGAAGAUAAACCUUACAAAUGCAAGCUUUGUGGAAAGGGAUUUGCCCACAGAAAUGUUUACAAGAAUCACAAGAAGACCCAUUCUGAAGAGAGACCAUUCCAGUGUGAGGAAUGUAAAGCUUUGUUCCGGACCCCAUUUUCUUUGCAGAGACACCUUCUCAUACAUAACAGUGAGAGGACUUUCAAAUGCCAUCACUGUGAUGCUACCUUUAAAAGGAAGGAUACUUUAAAUGUUCAUGUCCAGGUGGUCCAUGAAAGACACAAGAAAUACAGAUGUGAGCUAUGUAAUAAGGCAUUUGUUACACCCUCAGUGCUUAGAAGUCACAAGAAAACCCAUACUGGAGAAAAGGAGAAAAUCUGCCCAUAUUGUGGCCAGAAAUUUGCCAGCAGUGGUACACUGAGAGUUCAUAUCCGUAGCCACACAGGUGAGCGGCCCUAUCAAUGCCCUUACUGUGAAAAAGGAUUCAGUAAAAAUGAUGGACUGAAGAUGCAUAUUCGUACCCAUACCAGGGAGAAACCUUACAAGUGCUCAGACUGCAGCAAAGCCUUCAGCCAGAAGCGAGGCCUGGAUGAGCACAAGAGGACGCACACCGGAGAAAAGCCUUUUCAGUGUGAUGUUUGUGACUUGGCUUUUAGCCUGAAGAAAAUGCUGAUCCGACACAAGAUGACUCACAAUCCCAAUCGUCCCCUGGCAGAAUGCCAGUUUUGCCAUAAGAAGUUUACAAGGAAUGACUACCUCAAAGUGCACAUGGACAAUAUCCAUGGCGAAGCUGACAGCUAAUGGUAGCUGUAAAGGAAUUAAACCGUUCAGAAGGGCUCCUAAUAUGAAACCCAGAUUUCUCUCACCUGAUUAGCAUAGCAGAAGUAGACAAAAGUAAUUCACUGGUCUCAUAGUUCUUAUUUGCCUACCUUUAGAGUUCGUAGAUGCAUAUGCAAAAAAAAAAAAAAAAAAAGGAAAGAAAGAAAUUCCUACUUUUACCAAAAAAUGGU